GGCAUCCCGCGCCGACCUGGCCUCGCUGCAGGGUGAGCAUCAUGGCCGCUUGGAGACAGCCCCAGGCCGGGGAGCUGCUGGCCCAGGCCCGCAGAGCGUUCCGGGAGGAGUUCGGGGCCGAGCCCGAGCUGGCGGUGUCGGCGCCGGGCCGCGUCAACCUGAUCGGGGAGCACACGGACUACAACCAGGGCCUGGUGCUGCCCAUGGCGCUGGAGCUUGUGACUGUGCUGGUGGGCAGCCCCCGGGCAGACGGCCUGGUCUCCCUCCUGACCACCUCCGAAGAUGCCGAUGAACCCCGGCGGCUCCAGUUUCCGCUGCCCACAGCCCAGCGGUCAUUGGAACCCGGGACCCCCCGCUGGGCCAACUAUGUCAAGGGAGUGAUUCAGCACUACCCAGCUGCUCCCCUCCCUGGCUUCAGUGCGGUGGUGGUCAGCUCAGUGCCCCUGGGGGGCGGGCUGUCCAGCUCGGCGUCCCUGGAAGUGGCCACGUACACCUUCCUGCAGCAGCUCUGCCCAGACUCGGGGUCCAUAGCUGCCCGGGCUCAGGUGUGUCAGCGGGCCGAGCACAGCUUCGCAGGGGUGCCCUGUGGCAUCAUGGACCAGCUCAUCGCACUGCUGGGGCAGAAAGGCCACGCGCUGCUCAUUGACUGCAGGUCCCUGGAGACAAGCCUGGUGCCGCUGUCAGAGCCCAAGCUGGCCGUACUCAUCACCAAUUCCAACGUCCGCCACUCACUGGGCUCCAGUGAGUACCCUCUGCGGCGGCGCCAGUGUGAAGAAGUGGCCCGGGCGCUGGGCAAGGAGAGCCUUCGAGAGGUGCAGCUGGAGGAGCUGGAGGCUGGCAGAGAGCUGGUGAGCAAGGAGGGUUUCCGGCGGGCACGACAUGUCGUGGGUGAGAUCCGGCGCACGGCCCAGGCAGCAGCUGCCCUGAGCCGCGGAGACUACAGAGCUUUCGGCCGCCUCAUGGUAGAGAGUCACCACUCGCUCAGGGACGACUAUGAGGUGAGCUGUCCAGAGCUAGACCAGCUCGUGGAGGCCGCGCUGUCCGCACCUGGGGUUUACGGCAGCCGCAUGACCGGUGGUGGCUUCGGUGGCUGCACCGUGACCCUGCUGGAGGCUGCCUCCGUUCCCCAGGCCAUGCAGCACAUACAGGAGCAGUAUAGCGGUACCGCCACCUUCUACCUCUCUCAGGCGGCCGAUGGUGCCAAGGUGCUGCACUGGUGAGGCGUUCCCCGGGAUGGCACCCGGUGGGCAUCGGGCCUGCCAGGCAGCACGUCACCAAGCUCCAGGUCUCUGGCGCCUCCUGCCCUCCGCAUCUGGGUGCUCAAUAAACUUGUGCCUCCCACCGCAAUAA